AUGGGGGAUAAUGAUGCUGAUACCACUCAUAUUGAGAAUAUUGUUGAUUAUUCUGAAACCAACAUUGAUCCAAAUGUUGAACCUCAUGGUGAACAAAGUGGUGAACCACCUGUUGAACCUCCUACUGAACCCACUACUAAAUCAAGUGAUAAUAUACCUAUCUUUGAUACGUACCUAAAUAAUAUCUUGAAUGAAGACCAUGGUUCUACUGAAGACUUAAAGGACGAGAACCCUAAAAAAUGA